AUGCUACAGAAGGAGACGCUGCAAGUUUCCGUUGCAUCUAAUCAAGUAGAUGAUAUAGUGAUCAAACAAUAUUCCUCUGAGGAAUCGAACGCUAAAAUGCUAUUUGUAUCAGUUGUUGGAGACAACACCUAUGAAGAGACGCACUUUGCCGUCUGUAGACCAUCUGAGAAAGCCGAAGUGAGUCAUUUUGCAUCUUUGCUUAUUUAUUUUAUGGCGUGA